AUGGCGGCGGCGGCGGGGGGCCGCGGCAGCGGCAGCGCGGACGGCGAUGUCCCCGCCGCCACCCGCCAGCAGGCCUACGCCUGGUGCCGCGAGUUCCUGGCCGGCUCCUGGAAGCUCAUCAGCCCGGACGAGUUCGGUAUCUGGCCCAUCGGAUUGGUGUCCCACACUGUGGCCCCGAUUUGGGGUUCCCAUUUUCGGGGUUCCCUGAUUGGUGUCCCACGCUGUGGCCCCAAUUUGGGGUUCCCAUUUUCGGGGAUCCCUGAUUGGUGUCCCACGCUGUGCCCCGUUUUGGGGCGCCCCUGGCCGCCCCCGCAGGGCCUGGACUCGCUGGUGCUCGAGAGCGUCAUGUUCGCCAUCCUGGCCGAGCGCGCGCUGGGCCCGCGCCUCUUCGGGGUGUUCCCGCAGGGCCGCCUGGAGCAGUACCUCCCGAGCCGGCGGCUGCGCACCGAGGAGCUGCGGGAGCCGCGGGUGUCGGCCGAGAUCGCCGUGAACAUGGCGCGCUUCCACGGCAUGGCCAUGCCCUUCAACAAGGAGCCCAAGUGGCUCUUUGGGACCAUGGAGGGGUACCUGCAGCAGAUCUCGGAGCUGACGUUCUCGGAGCCGGAGCAGCUGCAGCAGCUGGAGCAGCUCCGGGGCUACAACCUGGAGCAGGAGAUGAGGAGCCUCAGGGACCUGCUGGAGGCCACCCCGUCCCCGGUGGUCUUCUGCCACAACGACGUGCAGGAGGGGAAUCCUCAAGGGUGUCCCUUUGGGGUCCCAGCCCCUGUCCCAGCCCCUCCCCAUCCCCAGCUCCAUUCCAUCCGGCACUACCUGUGCAAGGGCUCGGGGGUCCCUUGGGGCCAGGGAGCUUCUCUGGGGUCGAGUGGGCCCCUGGGGUCGGGGGUCGGUCCCUUUGGGUGCCCGGAGGUGUCCCUUGGGGCUGGGGGUGUCCCUGGGGUGUCCCUUUGGGGUCCUGUGCCCGUCCCCAGCUCCAUUCCAUCCGGCACUACCUGCCCGAGUGCUCGGGGUCCCUUGGGGCCGGGGAGGUUCUUUGGGGUCGGGGAGGGUUUUGAGGUCGAGGGAUCCCCGGGGGUGUCCCUUGGGGCUGGGGGUGUCCCUGGGCUGUCCCUUUGGGGUCCCUGGGCUGUCCCUUUGGGGUCCUGUGCCCGUCCCCAGCUCCAUUCCAUCCGGCAUUACCCGUUAAGCACUUGGAGAGUCCCCGGGCGGGCCCCGCAGGAGGAGCAGGCGCGCCUGGAGGAGCAGAUGCUGCGGGAGAUCGAGCGCUUCACCCUGGCCUCUCACUUCUUCUGGGGGCUCUGGUCCGUGGUGCAGGCCAAGAUCUCCACCAUCCACUUCGGCUACCUGGAUUACGCCCAGAGCCGUUUCCAGGCCUAUUUCCAGCACAAGGCUCGCUGCUCCUGAGGGGACCCCCCAAAUCCUGCCCCCCCGGCCCUCGGGGGGCGUUGGGACGGUUGGGGGGGUUUGUAACGGUUUGGGGGGGCCCCACAACGGUUUGGGGGGGGCUGAGCCCCGGGACCCCCCCGCGGCCCGGGACUCGGCAGCAGAGGUGGGAUCUGGGACCCCCCGAGCAGGGUGGGAUUUGGGGAGGGGGCGCCGGGACCCCCAGACCCGCACUCCUGGCCAGUAACGGGGUUUGGGGCGGUUUUGGGGGGCUCUGGGGUGUCGCAAGGGGGGGGGACCCCUGUUUGUACCUCAGCGCCCCCCGCCCGCAGCUCUGGGGCCGGGGGGGCCCCCGGGGUCCCCCCGUUCGGACGGCGGAAUGUAAAACUCAGACCAAUAAAGCCGCGCUGGGGCCGGC